GUUAUCAUGAGUUACAUAGGUAACCUUUUGUUUGGGUUGGCUGACUUGUGUUUGGAGCACCUGAGAAACAACAUGGAGAGUAAUUAUUAAUUGCAUGGUGUUUUUCUGUCAGCCUAAAGAAAACCUGUUUCUCAGUAGUGCUUUCACCAUUUAAUUAUUAUUUUAUUUUUUUAAACUUUUUUUUAAUCCGACAAAGAUGUGGACUUUCCUGGGAAUAGCCAGCUUCACGUACCUUUACAAGAAGUCCAGCUCUAUCUUGACUUUGGACCACAGAGAGCUUGUGAUGGCCGCAGCCUUAUUUCUUACAGUCGGGCUGCUGCUAUCAUAUAUCAGAUAUUUCCACAUCCAGAAGCUCAGAGUCUCUCAGGUGUUUCAUUUGCCUCUGAGCCUCUUGUCUUUUUUACCUGUUAUCAAACAUUUAAUCCCCCAAACUUCAACACAGAGGAGCGAUAAAGCGGAGAACAACUGUAAAAAGAGCCGGAGAACAAGGAAAAGAGUAGAGCCAGAGUCCUCUUCUACCUCACAGAGCGCCUCAGCUGGUGGCCCCUCAGUGGCCCCGGAACCAGAUGUGGUGAUAGUCGGGGCGGGGGUCCUGGGGUCAGCUAUGGCGGCCGUCCUAGCCAAGGACGGGAGGAGGGUGACGGUGGUGGAGAGGGACUUGAAGGAGCCUGACAGGAUAGUGGGGGAGCUACUGCAGCCUGGAGGGUUCAAGGCCCUCAAAGACCUGGGACUGGAAGGUUCAGUGGAGGGUCUGGAUGCCCAUCAGGUGAACGGCUAUGUGAUCCACGACAUAGAGAGCAGCACAGAGGUGGAGAUCCCCUACCCUCAGGGGGAGGACAGCGUCCACUGUGGACGCGCUUUCCAUCACGGCCGAUUCAUCAUGGGCCUGAGGAGAACCGCCCUGGCACAGCCAAAUGUCACAUUCGUAGAAGGCACCGUGACCAGUUUGCAGGAAGAGGAAGGCUGUGUAACCGGAGUCCAGUACAGGGAUAAAGAAACUGGAGACAUCAAGGAAAUCCAUGCAGCGCUGACUGUGGUGGCCGACGGCUGCUUCUCCAAAUUCAGGAAGAGUCUGGUCUCUGGGAAAGCUCACACCUCCUCUCACUUUGUUGGAUGCCUUAUGACGGACUGUCCCCAGUUCAAAGCAAACCAUGCUGAGCUGGUGCUGGCCAACCCGAGCCCGGUGCUCGUCUACCAGGUCUCCUCCUCACAAACCAGAGUACUGGUGGACAUCAGGGGGGAGAUGCCUCGCAACCUCUCUGAGUACAUGGCUGAGAAGAUACACCCUCAGCUGCCAGAGCAUUUAAAGGAGCCUUUCAUGGUGGCACUACAGAACGAUCGACUCCGGUCCAUGCCUGCCAGCUUCCUCCCUCCCUCCCCUGUCAACAAGCCAGGCGUGCUUCUCCUGGGCGAUGCUUACAACAUGAGGCAUCCUCUGACGGGAGGAGGGAUGAGUGUUGCUCUCAACGAUGUUCGCAUCUGGAGGAGUCUGCUCAAGAACAUCCCGGACCUGUACGACGACGGGGCGAUGCUGCAGGCAAAGAAAAAAUUCCACUGGGAACGCAAGUCAUCACAUUCUUUUGUGGUGAAUGUGUUGGCCCAGGCCCUGUAUGAGCUGUUUGCAGCCACAGACCAGUCUCUUCAUGAGCUGAGGAAAGCCUGCUUCCAGUACUUCAAGCUCGGUGGGGAGUGCAUUAAUGGACCUAUUGGACUCCUCUCAGUGUUGACACCCAAACCCAUGACCCUCAUUGGACACUUCUUUGCCGUGGCGAUGUACGCAAUCUACGUCAGCUUUAAGUCCGAGUCGUGGAGCACCAAACCUCGAGCUUUAUUCAAGAGUGGAGCCAUCCUGUACCGAGCCUGCACAGUCAUGUUUCCACUCAUCUACUCAGAAUUCAAGUACCUGGUGUACUGAGGAGCUCUACAUCUGGGCACAGAAAGUCCAAUCUCUACAAUAUAAUAUGCCUUUGCCUUACCGAAGAUGUCACUGUUUCAAUUUGGACAUAUUAUUCAACAAUGCCUUGGUGUAGCCCUGUUUGUGCUCACCCACAGUUUGCCGUCUGCUCACACCCUGAAUUACACUGAAUAUUUAAUACUGUGGAAUUAGUCCUGCCCAACAGAACUGCUAUGUGGAACAUGGCAUCUGAAUUUUAUAAUAAUGAUUUUGCAAUAGAGCUACUUUUUAGUUGUAUAUUUUCCUACUGAGCUAAUUUGUAUGUGAUGAUAUAUUUUAAUACAAAAAUGCGUCAUUUAAUAUGAAGCACUGAUGUCAGAAAACAACAAGCUGUCUAAAUUAUUAUCUGUAUUUCAUUCAAAAAUCCGGAAUAUUUCUUAUUUUGUUAAAGAAAAUAUCUGCUUUAUUUGUUCAAAUCACACACAUUCUAACUGUAAUGAUCAUUUCCUGCCUUCCUGAUACUGUGGCUCUUUACAUAAUGUCAUAAGGGACUAUUUGUAACACAUUUUGGCUUCUACACUCAGUCUGAAACAUGCUGACAGUGCAGCUGACAAAACUAUCAUCCCAGAACUCAAGAAUGAUCCCUGCACUAUUUUAGUCCUGCUGGAUGUCAGUAAAGACCUGACGCAGCAUGCCCUGGGGAGGGGGGGGAAGUUGAGGUUUGACGGGGACCUGAGAUAGAAGGAAUGAUGCUCAUAUCAGGACCAAGUAAGCGGAUGAUGCUCAGGUUGUGUUUUCCUGAGCUGACACAGACAAGGAUCUCCUGACAUGUAAUUCACCACAGCGUCCUGCACUGUUGUGUUUACCUGUUGUGUGCCUGCGUUGGGCUUGAUGGGCCGUUAAAUAAAUCAUAUGUGACAGACAACAA